AUGUCCAAUCUCCAAGCAUCCCGGGGUGGUGUUAAAGAACAGUCGGGCCUGCGCUAUCCGACCAAUGGCAAGACCAUAUACCACCGACCGUUAAAUCGGACCAAAGCGGCCGAGCUCAGCGGCGCAAGCUUCGCAUACCUCUUUUCCGAGAUGGUGAGCUACGCCUCGAAGAAGAUAGAAAGUAUCCAGGACCUUGAGAAGCGGCUCAACAUACAAGGCCACCCCAUCGGUCUGAAACUCCUUGACCUCCUCCUCUACCGCGAGCCGGUCCGGUCGCAGACACGGCCCCUCAAUAUCAUUACGCUACUGCACUUCAUCAAGAUCAACGUGUGGCAGCACCUCUUUGGACAGGCGGCCGAUGGCCUUGAGAAAUCGUCAGACCCGUUGAAACCCGACGAAUACAUGAUCAUCGAUAACGAGCCGCUCGUCAACCGCUAUAUCAGCGUUCCACGCGACAUGAGCCAGCUCAACUGUGCCGCCUACGUCGCCGGCAUCAUCGAGGGUGUCUGCGACGGCUCGGCCUUCCCCGCCCGUGUCACGGCUCAUAGCGUCGGAAAGCAGGAGGAGGGCGAGUUGUGGCCCGGCCGCACCGUGUUUCUAGUCAAGUUCGCGCCUGAGGUCAUGGAGCGCGAGAGCUUUCUAGGCAAGGGUUAA